AUGGAUUCUAAGCAAGCUGGUGCAUUAAGGAUUUUGCAAUUGAAUGAGUUAGAAGAGUUUAGAUACCAUGCUUUUGAAAGUGCAAAGUUAUAUAAAGAGAGGACUAAGCAAUGGCAUGAUCAACAUAUCUUGCAUCGAACUUUUGAGCCAGGACAACUAGUUCUUCUUUUCAAUUCUAGACUAAGGUUGUUUCCUGAGAAGCUAAAAUCUCAAUGGUCCGGCCCUUUUAAAGUACUUUCUGUAGCACCACAUGGAACAAUUGAGGUUCUUGAUGAAAGAACGGGUAAAUCUUUCAAAGUUAAUGGACAACUCAAGCAUUAUUGGGGCGGUGACAUAGAGCGAUUGAAGUCUGUUGUCCACUUGGUUGAUCCACCUUGA